UCACCAAGGGUUUUACACAGUCCACUUCCACUGAUAUUGUCAAACUUUUGCGCAAAGUGGAAGAGAAGGCUCCCUCGAUGAUCGUACCCCCCCUUGUCGAGGAUGGCAAUGUUUGGGGAUUGAAGAGAUGCGGAUUACCAUUUAAGGAGUCAUUUUAUCAGAACCGCCAAUUCCUCUUUAUUCCAUAUAUUUACAGCACUCUUACAACAGACAUAGCAGCGCCUACAACAUUUUCAAUAUUGAAAGAUAUGGUUCGAACUUUCCUAGGUACAGAAAUAAUUCCCGACACACUUUUCUCGUCCGAGAAUCCUGCUCCAGAUCUGAGCCCAACUUCGCCCAUUUCACUCAUGGACCAUCCAUCUCCUCCUCACGGCGACGACGAAUCUGAUUCCAACUUCAUGGAGAGCAUGGAGACGGAUGAGAUAGGUCAAUAUAACACUGGUCUUGAGCAUCAGGACAUGGGGAGUCAUGAUGAUCAGCAAUAUGCAAAUGCAGUGUUAGAUUCAAGUUCAGUACCAAUUGAACGAAGACCGAGUGUCGAAGAGCAGAGGUUGGAAACUUAUUCAAGUCCAGAACAAGCCCAGCGCUCAAAUCGCCCUGCAGUAGAAAGGCUACUUAAGCCACCAGAAUUUGCCGAUGGUUUUGAUAUCACUAAUUUUAUUGCACCAUUGUACCGGGAGGCAAUAGUCCGUCAUUCGUUGGGCUUUAUGGACAUGAAGAGAAAAUGGGAGGCAUCAGAGAAUACACAACUGGUGGUUUUCUAUCAAUUUCAGUUCCGGAAAUAUUACAAGGUGCGCUACAGCGAUAACGAAGCAAAAGAUGAGCUUAGAGACUGGAUUGCUCGCAAUUCAUCUCGGGACCAAUACCUUCUUCCAGUGGAUGGAAGAAAUCAUCUCAAUGUGGAACAAGUCCUAGAUACGUUAGGCAGGUACAAACUAAUACUAGUCGGUGAGUUGGCACACCAGGCGGAUAUGAUGCCUAGCUCGAGCAUUCUCCAGUACAUCUCUCAACUUGACCAAAGCCUGGGCAAGAGAAAGGACAACUGGCCCGAGGAAGACAACACCAGAAAAAAUGAGAAGGGUAAAAGAAGACAAAAAACGGCAGACAGAGUGUCAAUAGACACUUUGGACUCCAUAACCUGAUUUACUGCUACACUGCAUAGCUGAUAGCUAUUCUUCUAUAAGAAAUCUAUGUGCCG